UAUUUAUUAAGCGGAUGAAUUUAAAUUUGUUAUAACUUCUAAAGUGUUAAAAGUUAUUAUACACAAUACGUGUAAGCGCUGAAACUAAAUCGUUAUGAAUUUAUUGUGCAACUAAUAAUUGUUUCAUAAAAAAUCUGUGAUCCAAAAUGAGUUCAAAGUACAAAUCACCACUAAUAAGAUCCAGAAAUACAUCUGCUACUACAGACAGCCCAUCGCCAAAUGUAGAAUUGCCUUCAAACCCAAUUCACCGAAACUUAAACGAUAAUAAUAUUUUGUAUGACAACAAACCUCAGCCAUCACCACCUGCCAAUCAAAAUUGGAGAGGACGUGCUUCUAGUUCACCGAGAUUCAAUAGUCCAAGAUUCAGAGGGAGAGGAUCACCAUACCAAUGGACUCCUAACAGAUUUAACAACAGUAACAGUUUAGAUCAAAACAAUAUGCAUCGUUUUUCUUCUCACAGACCGCCAUUCAAUAAAUAUAAAAGUCAAAAUUCUAAUAGAAAUCAAAAUCGAAGUAAUGAUAAUAUUGAUGAAAGUUUCUUUCAUCCAUCAAUGUUGGAAGAUCCGUGGGCCCCAUUGUUAAAUGAUUCGACAAAUAACACUGAAGAUAAAAUUGUAUGAAUAAAUAAUGAGUUGUAUAUUACUACCCAGCGGUUUUGUAUCUUUGUAUUCAUUAUGUAUUGCAAUGUAAAAAAUAUAAUAUAUUUAAAUAUUAUUGUACAUGAAAAAUAGCUUGCUCCAGA